GGAGUAAUUUAAAACAAACAAGAAAACUCUCUCUUCUUCUCCUCUCUCUAUGUAGGAUGGCUCUGCGCUACGUUUAGGAAUUGAUCAUCACAUCACACCACACCACACCAUACCAUCGGGGAGUUAUGUAGCAGACUCUCUCUCUCCUUAUCAUUAGAGCAGUUGCCCCAGAUUAUAUGUAGUCACCACAGCUUAGUAUCUUUUGUUUCUAGAAUCUCUUCAUGUGAUGUUGAUGAAAAGCUUCGGUUGAAAUGUCUCCACCUUUGGCUUAGUUGAUUUGAAAACUCUUGUAGUUAAAAUAUGCUUGCUUACUCUUGAGCAACAUGGCAACUGAGAGCCCUAUGAGAAUACUCCAAGACAGUAGAAAAGAAAAGUGGGUUUCUACCAAGGACACAGUCACCUUCGCAUCACCUAUGAAUGAAGUGGCAGCUGAUGAACUGGGAUUGCUUCUUAAAGGUCAUAAGAUUCAUGGGCAUAAUAGAAAUAAGGUUCCAAAUCGUAGUGGUAGUGCGCCUCCAAGUAUGGAGGGCUCAUUUUCAGCCUACGGUAACCUUGUCUAUGAUCAAAGCUCCGGCCGGAAGUUGAGUUUGGCAAGCUUAGACAAUGCCAUGCAGAAUUGGCAGUCUGAAGAGCAGAUGCGUGCUGAUCCCUCGUAUUUUGCAUACUACAACUCUAAUGUCAACUUGAAUCCUAGGCUUCCUCCUCCUAUUAUUUCUAGGGAGAAUAGACACCUGGCACACCAUUUUGCAGAUCUGGGUGAUAGCUGCCAGUUAAACUCUUCUGAGAAUAGUAAAGAUGGAUCCUUGCAUGUGACUAGAAGUUCUCUCUCAACUCAUGAUGAGGAGCCGGAAGAUGAAAAUUUACCACAGAGUGCUUCAGAUGAUCUGCCCCAAAGUUGUGCUUCAGGACAGCACUUGGCCUCCUUUGCAGGUCAACAUAAAAGUUUGGUUGACCUAAUACAGGAGGACUUCCCUCGCACUCCAUCACCAGUUUACAAUCAAUCUCGGUCCUCUGGUCAUGUUGCUGUGGAGGAACCAACUGAUUCUGAUAUUCAAUCUCUUACAUUGGACAGUCUCUCCCUUGAUAUUUCAAAUAAACACGGUGCAGAUGCUUGUGCGGAUGUCUCAGGUGACCAUGAUAUCACUGCCUCUGAUCAGCCUUUGGCAAUUACACUUGAAAAAGAAUCUUGUGUUGACAGUCUUGCGAAGUCUCAUUCCCCUCAGAAGGGUGAAUUACCAGGUAAUGAUGCACAUCUGAUGAAUGAACUCUUAGUCGGUGAUGAGAUAGCAUCAGGUAUUUCAAAGAACAUUCAGGCUCCAGAGGCUAGUAAGAACAAGGAUGAACAGUAUUUUCACAGCAGGAUUGCAGUAGAACAGCAACAACAGCAGCAGUACCACUCCCAGCGAAGCACGACUUACCAAGUUAAUGGCCCACAAGUUCAAGCAAAUACACUUGGGACUAAUACACUACAGAGUAGCCUAGCAAAAGGUUAUGGUCAUAGCUGGUUCUCUUCAGUUGAAGUACAAGCAGCUCCUCAAGGUUCUGGCCUCACACCUCCUCUAUAUGCAACAGCUGCAGCCUAUAUGGCUUCUGGUAAUCCGUACUAUUCUAACUUGAGUUCAUCUGGUGGAUAUGCCCCUCAAUACAAUAUAGGGGGAUAUGCUUUGAGUUCGCCUUCUCUUUCUCCAUUUUUAGCUGGAUAUCCGUCUAUGCAUAUUAAUGCUGGUUCUGGACGAAGCAUCAGUGGUCAAAGUGUUGCACCAAGGGAAAACAUUCCACAAGUUGGUGAUCUGCAUCAUUUAACCAAGUUUUAUGGGCAUCAUGGAUUAAUGAUGCAUCCUUCUUUCCCAGAUCCUUUUCAUAUGCAGUACUUUCAUCAUCCUCAUCCUGUUGAUGAUUCACACACUUCUCUUAGUCAGUAUAUGCGGUUUCCUUCGCCUGGUGUGUUUGGGCUUGAAGUUGAUGCUUAUGCCUCACAGAAGGAGCCAAAUCUCCCUUCUUAUAUUGCUGAACAGAAUUUUCUUCAUCCACCAAUUGGAAGUCUGAACUUACCAAGUCCUGGAAAAAUGAUAAUUCCUGGUAAUAAUUAUUUUGGGAGUUCAUCGGGCCUGGGAUUCACGCAACAGUUUCCAGCCUCACCUCUUGGUAGUCCUGUACUGCCAGGAUCCCCUGUUGGAAGAAGGAAUGAAAUUAAACCGGCCCCUGGUUCAGGUAGAAAUAAUGGAUUGUAUUCUGGAUGGACUGCACAAAGGGGUUCUGGUAGCUUGAAUGACUCUAAAAGACAUUCAUUUCUCGAAGAACUGAAACAAAGCAAUGCUCGAAGAAUUGACCUCUCUGAUAUUGCAGGUCGUGUUGUUGAAUUCAGUGUUGAUCAGCAUGGAAGUCGGUUUAUACAGCAGAAAUUGGAAAAUUGUAGUAUUGAAGAGAAGGCAUCUGUUUUCAAAGAAAUUCUUCCACAUGCUUCAAAGCUAAUAACAGAUGUUUUUGGGAACUAUGUCAUUCAAAAGUUCUUUGAGCAUGGAAGUCAUGAGCAAAGAAAGAUGCUGGCAUGUCAAUUAGCAGGGCAUAUGCUGCCUUUAAGUUUGCAAAUGUAUGGCUGUCGUGUUAUUCAAAAGGCCCUGGAAGUUAUCGAUCUUGAUCAGAAAACAGAACUUGUCCAUGAACUCAAUGGGCAUGUAAUGAAGUGCGUACGAGAUCAAAAUGGGAACCAUGUAAUCCAAAAAUGCAUUGAGUGCAUACCUACUGAAAAAAUUAACUUCAUUAUCUCCUCAUUCCAAGGCCAAGUAGCUAUAUUGUCUACUCAUCCUUAUGGUUGUCGUGUAAUCCAGAGAGUAUUGGAACAUUGUUCAGAAAACUCUCAAAGUCAGAGUAUAGUGCAUGAAAUCUUGGAAUCUGCUUAUCCUCUUGCUCAAGAUCAGUAUGGGAACUAUGUCACCCAGCAUGUUCUGGAAAGAGGAAGACCACAUGAAAGAAGUCGAAUUAUCGGAAAGUUGACCGGAAAUGUUGUACAGUUAAGCCAACACAAAUAUGCCUCAAACGUUGUUGAGAAGUGUCUGGAAUAUGGUGAUUCUGCUGAGAGAGAGUUCUUGAUCGAGGAGAUUCUUGCAGAGUCAGAAGGAAAUGACUGUUUGCUGACAAUGAUGAAGGACCAAUUUGCAAAUUAUGUGGUCCAGAAGAUUCUCGAGAUUAGCAACAAUAAGCACCGGGAAAUUCUGCUAAGCCGAAUCAGAGUUCAUCUUCAUGCUUUGAAGAAAUACACCUAUGGAAAACACAUAGUGGCUCGAUUUGAACAGCUGUGUGAUGAAGGUGUGUAGAGAUAUUGGAACCUGUGAACCCUAGAUCGUUGAACAAAGAGUUUUCUACUCGUUCGGUGGACGGUGGAAUUGUUUGCAGCAGCCAAACUGUUGAUUGUUCAGUAAGCAGCAGUAUGCAAAGUACCUGUCUGUCCCUUAGGUGGUUACUGUUUAAGCUCAUUGAUUCUCCAGUCAUGAAGAGAGAGAGUGGUGUUGUUUUAUUUGCCGACUAUAUCCAAGAUUGUAGAUAUCUUGAAUAAUCGAAGCAUGUAUUAUGGGAGAAAAUAUUUAAGUGCAUACUAAAUUAGUAAGAUUUGCUUGCUUUGGA